AUGACUGUGGGUCAUUUGAAACAUAUAUUCAUCGCUUACAACUUGACCGUGCUAAAAAGGAACCUCUAUGUAGAAGAUGGAAACGCGACACGCCAUACUGAAGAUACGAUUGAAGAUGGAUUACAGCAUUUAAAACCUUAUAUUCCUCAGGAUGUAGAAAUUGCAUUUAACAGGUACAAAGUUUACCACAAGAAAGCUUAUGACACCGACGAACACGAGAUUCGUCAAGAUAUAUUUGAAACGAAUUGGAGACGCGUAGCAUCUCACAACCGAAAGAACUUGGGGUACAAAUUGGAACUUAACCAGUAUGCAGAUUGGUCUGAACUGGAGUUGAAGGCACUUAGAGGAGCCUUACCUUCGAAGGUCAACGAUCCUGGAACUCAUCCAUUUCCCCACAAUGUGGAGGAGAUUGACAGACUUGUGGAGGGAAUUCCUGAAGAAUAUGAUUUGAGAAUGGAAGGGGAUUUACCAGUCAUUAAGAACCAGCUUGCGUGUGGGUCAUGCUGGGCUUUCGCUACCGUUGCGACGGUGGAGGCGGCCGUCAUCAGGAAACUCGGAGGUGUCCAAUUAGACCUGAGCGAACAGUCCAUGGUGGACUGCGCUUGGCCAUACGGACUUAUGGGCUGCAAUGGCGGAUUUGUAGACAAGGCGUAUAAAUAUGUAAAAGAACACGGAAUACCAACCGAGGCGGAGUAUGGCGGAUACCUGCACGAGGACGGCUACUGUCACACAAGAAACAUGUCGAUUAUGCACCAAAUCCAAGGCUACACUUUGGUUACCCCACGCAGUGUCAAUGCCCUUAAGUACGCAGUUUACACGUACGGCCCGGUAGAGGUCACUAUCCACGCCAGUGACGUCAUGAUCCUGUAUUCCAGUGGAGUAUUUUAUGAUGUGUCGUGUGAAGGGCAACGCCUUAACCACGCAGUUGUGGUGGUCGGCUACGGUUCCCGUGAUGGGGAACCCUAUUGGAUUGUGAGGAACUCCUGGGGGGAGACCUGGGGCGAGGACGGGUACGUGCUGAUGUCCGCCAGGGACAACAACUGCCUUUUACUGGACUCUCCGUACUAUCCUGUCGUUUAA